AUGAGUGUGACUCGUGGCGUCACGUUUCCUCCCGUAUCCUAUUACACGUUUGCGACCUUUCAUCUUCUCUUCGCGUCCCCUCAAAUCUCUCUCUCCAUAUUAUAUACAAAGAAUCCACCGAUCCUUCUUCAGAACCUUCUCAUUCGAGAAAAUCUGACGGAAUCGAACCUUCAGCAACCAUGUCGACUAACCCAACCUCGAAUCCCAUCGGUGUACCUCCAGAACAUGGAUGAGGUCGAGAAGGUAUUCAACCGCUUCGACACCAAUGGCGACGGCAAGAUCUCCGAGUCGGAGCUCGGUGCCGUCCUCAGCUCCCUCGGUACCGCAUUUGCAGAUGAGGGAGAACUCCGUCGUAUCAUGGCAGAGCUGGACUUUGAUAACAAUGGCUUCAUCUCCCUCCUCGAGUUCGUGGCCUUCUGCCGCUCCGGCUCCGAGGACGGAUGAUAAGAUCCGUCGACUCCAACGGAGACGGUAACGUCAACUUCGAGAAGAUGAUGAGCAACACAAACAAAAGUAACGGCUCCGUGUUUUACAGAGGAAAAAAAAAAAGAAAAAAAAACAAAAGAAAAAGCGGU